UUGCUUUGUCUUCGAGGCUCUUGUGACAGAAUUUAUCAACGUUAACGACACUGAAUUCGAGUGAUGUGUGCUGUUGCACCUUCAUGUAAAAAGUGUUUUUCCGAGAGAUGCCUGUAUCCAGAUCCCCUAAAUGUAUUUCAAUUGAGAAAUUUGACACGAAUAAAAACUGUUUGCAAUUUACCACACAAUGAAAUCAACUUUACCCACUCCAAGUCCCGUUAAGGUAAACUACGCAGUAGAUUUCUUUGCUGAUAAAAAUAGAUCCCAUCAAGGUCAGCGUUCAUAUUCCACUAUACAGCGCCGUGGUGUGCUUAGUUCAUUGUAAUUUUUGUUCGUUUUGGUAAAGGUGUUUACCGCGGCUGUAAAUAAACGCAGAACAAACACCAUGGAGUUAAGGGCUUCCGAGAGAUUGCGCCAAUCCAGUGUGGUGAAAAUUUGUCUUGUUGGAGGAGGAGCUGGAGCACUAUGCGCAGUAAUGAUAUGCGCAGUUGUCUUGUCCCUUGCGCUCGACCAGGGGUUCGUUAACGAUUUUACUCAACGACAACUGGCAGCAAACUCACACCCAGAAUCAACACGUAAUGAGGUACAGGUACUCGGUUCGCUGGUUCAUUCAAGAAGCAAACGUUGGUUGAACAAAGGGCAACAAUUUGCCGAACCAUCUUCAACAUUAAGGAAGAGAAACCCACGUGACUUGGAAGACAAAAUUAGCGGUCACAAACGUCAUCAGCGGAACCGUCGAUCUGUUGAGUCUAAACCGUCCAUCCACCUUGUUCCAAAAACUGGAGGGAACCCUAGUGUUGCUCCUGUCUUGAGUGACGGUACGUUCUGCCACUGGCGGCACCUCACGCUGUCCAAUGACGGCAGUCUCUAUUACGACGCCUAUCACAACGUUGUGGUCAUCACAAAGCCAGGUGUGUACUAUGUGUACGGUCAGGUGUAUGUCAGGGCCACAUCGGACAAAAAUGUGUCCUUCUGUUUAUUCCGAGGGCACAGGAAACGUCACAAGUGGUUCAUCUUUGAUUUAAACACCCAUGAUCUUUCUGGCGCAUUGGUUUGUGGUCUGUUACAGCCUCGAUUUGAUUUCACACCGACCCAAUUCCAACUGACCAAUGAGGAGGUCGUUAUAGAAUUGCCAAGGGAUAAAAUGAGGCAUGCGUACCGUACACGCGCUACCAGCAUGGUUUCAGGUGUAUUUUAUUUUGAUGAGAAUGAUACUGUUUCGAUGGCGAUAGCAGGAGGUACUGAUGUCAGCGAACACAGGGAGGAUUUACAAAUCGGCCUCCAACACAAUUUCACAUAUUUUGGAGCCUUUAUGGUGUAAUUCAACGUACCAUGGGCAAUAAAUUUGUGAAAUGUUAAGAAUAUUGUAUGCUUAAACGUGCCUGUGUACGUGCAUCGCAACUUACAAAACGAUGAUGCCAAAUCUCCACUUUUAUACCGUGUAAAUACCGUGUAUAAUUAAUACUAGUACACAGGGUACUAGUACUUUGCACUUAGUAUUGAUUCUUAUUUUUAGGCA